UUUCGUGCCAGAAGACGUCGACAUAGUUCAAAGGAGCAGUCGUUAAAGUCCAGCCAAAUGAAACACAAAAUGAACUAAAUAUUAUAGGGAAACUAUUAAGUCUCUUUUAAAUCAUAUACGAGCCGUUUUCACAGGAUUAUAUUCUCUCUUUUUUUUUUUUUAGAUGCUGCUCCCGCCAGUAGGACCGUUCACGGCGCCAUCUUGGAUCCUUCAAGCUUGAAACAAGCUGACUAAGAAUGGGAGUAAAAGGGCGUCAUAGAUGCUAGAAUAUAUAUUCUUAAAAUUAAGUAACUCCGCCGUGAUGAGUUCAGAGGUCCAGGCUGCAGUCUCUGCACACUCCGCCCACCACCGAUCAGCAAAGGACAACAAACAAGUCCGAGUCACGUCCUCAGUCUUCCCACGGUGGGGGGAAAAACAUCAGCCAUUUGCAGUAUGAGUCGCCGUGUGGCCAUCAUUGGAGCAGGUAGCUCGGGUCUGGCCUGCAUCAAGUGCUGCCUGGACGAGGGGCUGGAGCCCGUCUGUUUUGAGAGCAGCGACGACAUCGGAGGCCUAUGGAGGUUCAAGGACCACCCCGAGUCGGACCGGGCCAGCAUCUACCACUCUGUCAUAAUCAACACCUCCAAGGAGAUGAUGUGCUACAGCGACUAUCCUAUCCCUGCGCACUUCCCAAACUACAUGCACAACACACUCAUCAUGGACUACUUCCGAAUGUACGCCGACCAUUUCCGGCUCCUCAAGCACAUACGCUUCAACACCAAAGUCCUGCAGGUAAAGCCGAGGGCAGAUUUUACACGUUCCGGCCAGUGGGAUGUUGAGUCGGAGGGCAAGGAUGGCAAAAAGAAUAAACACAUAUUUGACGCGGUGAUGAUCUGCAUUGGACACCACUGUCACCCCAACUUGCCUCUCCAGGACUUCCCAGGUAUUGACAAGUUUGAGGGCAAGUACUUCCACAGUCGGGACUACAAGACUUCCGAAGAGUGGCGGAACAAGAAGGUGGUGGUGGUAGGGAUCGGGAACUCCGGAGGGGACAUCGCCGUGGAGCUAAGCCGAGUCACCAAGCAGCUUUACCUGAGCACACGAAGAGGGGCGUGGAUCUGGUACAGGGUGGGGACGAACGGCAUGCCAAUGGAUAUGAGUUAUACCAGGCUGUUGAAAACGGUGCAGGGGAUCCUUCCCUUCAACUUCAUGUGUGGCCUGGCAGAGAACAGGCUCAAUCAAAAAUUUGAUCAUAACCUGUACAACCUGAGGCCAAAUCACAGAUUGUUCAGCCAGCACCCCACCGUGAACGACGACCUUCCCAACCGCAUCCUGUCAGGAACGGUGCAGGUGAAGCCCAACAUCCGCGGAUUUCACGGCUCCAGCGUGGAGUUUGUCGACGGCAGCGUGGUGGAGGACGUGGACUUGGUGGUUUUUGCCACAGGUUACAGUUUUUCCUUCCCGUUCCUGGCCUCGGAUGUGAUCCCCGUGUCGGGCAACAAGGCGCCGCUGUACAAGUAUGUGUUUCCCCCUGAGCUGCAGCGCCCCACGCUGGCUGUGAUCGGCCUGGUGCAGCCUCUGGGGGCCAUCAUGCCCAUCUCUGAAAUGCAGGCCAGGUGGGCCACGAGGGUAUUCAAAGGCUGCCUCAAGCUUCCAUCUGUGGAUUGCAUGCUGGAUGAUAUCAAGUAUAACGAGGAGACCAUGGCGGGAAGGUACGUGACCAGUCCGAGACACACCAUCCAGGUGGACUACGCCGUAUACAUGGACGAGAUCGCUACGAUGCUGGGGGUCCGACCCAACGUCGCCAGGUUACUGCUUACCGACCCGAAGCUGGGACUGAACCUGCUGACUGGGCCCAUCACCCCCUACCAGUACCGCCUCAAAGGUCCAGGGAAGUGGACCGGAGCCCGUCAAGCCAUACUGACUCAGUGGGACAGGGUGGCCCAACCCUUUAAGACCCGACCGUGCGACGGAGUCGAAGCCAAGCGGUCCCUGAAGUGGCCGCUGAUUCUGUUGACGGCCGCGGGUGUGGCCGCUUACGUUAACAGCAGCCGCUUGUAUGCUUUUUUGCAGGACCCCGCAGCGAUUUUGGACAGAGUCAAAGUGAGCCUGCCUGUACUGGCACACUGAUUGCUGAAUAAAUAUGAAGGGGAGGAGAUAACGCUGGAAAAGUUGAUUACAGUAAAUUCCUCCCUGUUGGCAGAUUUAUUUUCUCAGCUUUGAAUUGUACUUUUCUUUGGUAACUUCGAUAGAAAGUGGUGUGAUGGCGCUAUCUGCAGAGAGAAAAAGAUGCCAAUGUUGCUUAACUACACAUUUUUGUGAGUACAACUCUGUAUAUCGUAUGCCUGUAAUUGUUUUGUAAUGUGGAAAUGACUGUACUGUAUGUCAAGCUAAAAAUAUGUACAAAACCCAAAACCAGUGAAGUUGUCACGUUGUGUAAAUGUUAAAUAAAAACAGAAUACAAUGAUUUGCAAAUCCUUUUCAACUUAUAUUCAAUUGAAUAGACUGCAAAGACAAUAUAUUUAAUGUUCCAACUGAGAAACUUCUUUUUAUUUUUGCAAACAAUCAUUAACUUAGAAUUUAAUGGCAGCAACACAUUGCAAAAAAGUUGCCACAGGUGCAUUUUUACCACUGUGUUACAUGGCCUUUUCUUUUAACAACACUCAGUAAACGUUUGGGAACUGAGGAGACCCAAUUUUUGAAGCUUUUCAGGUGGAAUUAUUUCCCAUUCUUGCUUGAUGUACAGCUUAAGUUGUUCCAACAGUCCGGGGUCUCCGUUGUGGUAUUUUAGGCUUCAUAAUGCGCCACACAUUUUCAAUGGGAGACAGGUCUGGACUACAGGCAGGCCAGUCUAGUACCCGCACUCUUUUACUAUGAAGCCAUGCUUGGCAUUGUUUUGCUGAAAUAAGCAGGGGCGUCCAUGAUAACGUUGCUUGAAUGGCAACAUAUGUCGCUCCAAAACCUGUAUGUACAUUUCAGCAUUAAUGGUGCCUUCACAGAUGUGUAAGUUACCCAUGCCUUGGGCACUAAUGCACCCCCAUACCAUCACAGAUACUGGCUUUUGAAUUUUGCGCCUAUAACAGUCCGAAUGGUUCUUUUACUCUUUGGUCCGUACGGAGGACACGCCGUCCAUAGAUUCCAAAAACAAUUUGAAAUGUGGACUCGUCAGACCACAGAACACUUUUCCACUUUGCAUCAGUCCAUCUUAGAUGAGCUCGGGCCCAGCGAAGACGGCGGUGUUUCUGGGUGUUGUUGAUAAAUGACUUUGGCUUUGCAUAGUAGAGUUUUAACUGGCACUUACAGAUGUAGUGACGAACUGUCGUUACUGACAGUGGUUUUCUGAAGUGUUCCCGAGCCCAUGUGGUGAUAUCCUUUACACACUGAUAUCGCUUUUAGAUGCAGUACCGCCUGAGGGAUUGAGAGUCACGGGCACUCAAUGUUGGUUUUCAGCCUUGCCGCUUAAGGGCAGUGAUUUCUCCAGAUUCUCUGAACCUUUUGAUGAUAUUACAGAUGGUGAAAUCCCUAAAUUCCUUGCAAUAGCUGGUUGAGAAAUGUUGUUCUUAAACUGUUAGGCAAUUUGCUCACGCAUUUGUGGACAAAGUGGUGACCCUCACCCCGUCCUUGUUUGUGAAUGACUGAGCAUUUCAUGGAAGCCGCUUUUACGCCCAAUCAUGGCACCCACCUGUUCCCAAUUAGCCUGUUCACCUGUGGAAUGUUCCAAAUAAGUGUUUGAUGAACAUUCCUCAACUUUUUCAGUUUUUUUUGCCACUUGUGCCAGCUUUUUUGAAACAUGCAGCAGGCAUCAAAUUCCAAAUGAGCUAAAAUUAGCAAAAAAAUAACAAAAGAUUACCAGUGUGGACAUGAAAUAUAUUGUCUUUGCAGUCUAUUCAAUUGAAUAUAAGUUGAAAAGGAUUUGCAAAUCAUUGAAUUCUGUUUUUAUUUACCAUUUACACAACUUCACUGGUUUUGGGUUUUGUAGAUUGAAACAUUGACCAGCACAGGGUACUAAAAUCCGCAACUGGACAGAGUCGUGUAUAAAGAGCGUAUGGCCAACUCAUUUUCAGACCAUCUCCUAAAUGAUGCGUUAAAAGGCGCUCACGUAACUGCAGGGCGCCAUGUUUGCCUCUAACUACGCGUGUACUACACUUUCUCAUUCGGCAUCUAUUUUAUUUGAGGAGGAGUUAUUCCGUGUAAACAUGCAUAUCCAUACACAGCUGACAUACUUGUUAUUGGUAUUGACAUAAAUAAAGUUGAUUUGAUUUGA